AUGUCCAUACCUGUGAUGCUGCGCUGGCUAAUUACGAAAGGCCGGGCACAUCUGGACAAACUUAAAGAGGCAGCAGUUGCGGCAGAGAGGGAGCGUUUGGAAAAGGCUUUAUUUCUCAAGGAAAUGCAACAUCGACAGGCAAAGCUUCAACCAACUACACUGCCUGCAAAUAGGCCGCCUCCACAACCACCGCAUCCGCCUCCUUUACCUCCUCCACCUAGCUAUUUACAUCAUCAUCAUUCUCCCUUGCAUAUGCCACAGGGACAGCUAAGUGGCAAUGGCCAGACUCAGGUCAUGCAUUCAGCAUUAGUUGAAGCUCGAACCACAGUGCCAGGACUGGAUGAAUAUGGCCAUGUGGCAGAGAGCAACAACAAGCAUCCUAACGAGAGGCUUAUGUCCAUAGACGAUGAACACGCCCUUAAUCCUCUCCUGUCAACGUUGCUAGAUGAGGAGAAGCUGUCUCGCUCUGGGAGCCAGGCUGACUUGCAUGACAGCCCGAUGUUAUCACGUCUGCUGGAUGAUAACACCUCUGUUGCCACGACGGUAAUCCCCAUGAACUGUAAGAUCGCACCAUCGGUGUCUGCUAAACGUGUGCGUAAACGCAAACAGACCUCAGAUUUUGGUGGGCCCAGUCCCAAGCAUCGGGUGAGUGACAUGGAUCAUGCUGAUCCCCUGGGCAUGCUGGGUACUUCCAUGGACUUAGAUAUAGGAGUAGCAAGGAUGGAUCAGGGUUUGCCCAGCACCCCGCCAGUGAUGGGUUCUAUGACGCCCACUCAUGGCUCAUCCAACUACCACCAUCACCAACAUGCAGUGCUCAAUCAUGCCUCUAAAGCCACUCGCUUACACAGCGGUGUUAUUGAUCUCACCGAAGCUGGCUUGGGUGCUGAGUCCAGCCUCAAGAAACUAGCAGACAUGGACAAGCAUUUCAUUCACAAGGAUGUGAAAUCUGAACCAGACUUGACCAUGUUGCUGAAUGAGGCAGAGAAUCCAAGUAGAAUUACUAAUAUAUUACAAAAUUCUCCAUCGGGCUCAAAAAACGAGAACGCCUCUACCUCUCUUGAGGGCUACCUCAAAGGGUCGGGAGAGGUAGGCAGGGCUACAGACUUUGACCCAAGUGAUGCGUCUUCUGUUCACAGCAGCACCACUUUGUCCAAACUGAGCAGUUUGUUGUUAGCGUCUUCAGACAGUGCAUCCCCAAACCUCAGUAUCACAUCUCACAAAGUCAACGCCAGUUUUUUAAGUGAUAACUUGUGCAGUGAGGAAACAUUUGUUGGUGUGGGCAAAUCAGUUUCUGAUGGUGGCUUGACACCAGACGUGAAGCCGUCGCCAGCAACACUGCGUAAAGGAACGUUGCGCCACUCUUCUAGCGUGGAGAUUCCUAAUGACAAGCAGAUCUCAUCAGGCUUAUUUGAGAAGUUUGACAUUCCAAGGCAGCAGCCAAAUGUGAAAAUAGAAGCAGCAAAUAGUGAGAUCAAGUCACAUCCUGUAGAAGGCAAGGUCUCUUUGAAACUGAAAGUAGGGCAUUUUAAGCAACAAAAUAGCAUGAAAUCAUACGUGAAAUCUUUUCGCUCUGUGGAUGAAGUGGAUCUAGUCUAUGAAAAAUCCAACAGUAUUGGGACCUUUGAUUUCAAAAGUGAUGAUGAUGAUGAUGAUCCUGCUGUGCAGCUUCCAUCAGACAGGUAUGUGUACACUUCUUCCUCUUCUCCACCCCGAGGUCAGAUAUCAAGCAGCAAGCAGAAACAACUCAGUGACUGCAUCAUCACUCACAAGUCUGACAAAACUAAGAAAAAAGACAGACGUUCUGGAAACAUAACCAAGAGAAAGAGGGACAAGGAUGAAUCCAAACGGGAGAAGAAACGAAAGAAGAAUGAGCAUUUCAUUGAAGAAUCUGUUUAUCGUACCGUGGAGAAUGACACAAAAGCUGAUUUUAAGUUGAAGAUAUGGGUGUCGAAAAAGCAGGUAUCUGACAAAUCCAAUAUGCUUUCUGAUGGUAAAGUUCAGAGUUAUGAAAUUAAAAAGAGGUCACUAUCAAGUUCAUUUGAUAAACCUGUGACCAUCAAGCAGGAGGAUAAAGAACAGGAGCCGGCGGUUAGUGAGUCAGUGAAAGACAAGGAUGCUGUGAUUGAUGGCAACAGUUCUGCCAGAUCUGUUAGUAGCAAGCUGACCACAACGAUCAAUAAGUCCUCACCAAAGUCGGGUGCUAAACCCCUUCAAAGCAGUGGUGCAGCCAGCAAAUCUGACCCGAAAUUGGUGACCAAGGCAACAAUACGCCUGAAGCCCCUGAUGUUGCCAAGCUCAGGAUCUACUGUAAAUAUCAGCCAGACGGGGCCUAAAGCAUCGAAUUCAACAAGUAGUAAAAUGGAUCGCCGAAGCUCUACCUCUAUAGCAGCACCUGUAUCGGACAAGCGUUCACUCUCUCAUAAUGUGCAGUUGGAACGGAGAAGUUCAGUGUCGAGCGUGGUUGAUCGUCGCAGUUCAUCUCAGUUAUCAUCAGGGUCAUCUGCAUCUGUUAAUUCAUCUGUUGUUGUCACUACAGCUGCAGCCACACCUGCUAAUCUUUCUCUCUCAAGCAUUCUGCCUAAUGCCCCAACAAACAGACAAAUGGCCAGCAUGCCAAGAAUUCCAAAGCGGCCUUCCUCUUCAUCCAAUACUUCCAUCAGUCGCACUUCCAGCUUAGAUCCUGCCGCAGGAUCAGUGCCUACCUCAGCUGGAACCAAAUCAAACAAUAGCUACACUGUGGGGCCUGCCGGCAGACCCAACCCGAGCACCAUAUCAGGAGUUGCUGGUGGCAGGUCUUCGGCUGGGGUAUCUGGUAUGUUUAAUUACAACAACCGACCCUUGACCCCGGGGAGCACAGGUAACAGCAAGCCAAAUUUUAAUGGCAGCAGGCCAUCUGGUCCUGCACAAACUAGUCCGCUGGUUAACUCGGGUCCCGCUGGGCUGCAAAGGCCACCUGUUCCUCGUGCUCAUGCACCAUCGGCAAGUGGAAAUAGCCACAAGCCAGGGGUGAAUUCUUCCAACAGUCACAAACCCUCAGGCAACUUCGCAUCUAAUUUUGUGAAAGGAGCCACAGGCAGCUCAAGUAGUCCAAGUGUGUCUCAGAAGACACACGGCAGUGGUGCUAAAGUAAACAAUAGUAUUAGUUCAAAGAUUAGUAGUAAUUUUACAGUGCAAAAAUCCAUGGUAUACAGUGGUAAUUCAGUCAGUGGACAAAAGCAUAACAUCCAGAAUGCUCACUCUGGCAGCAGUAUACGAACAGGUGCAAGUUCCUCUAAUGUAUCACCCAACACAACUAGUCUGUCAAAAUCCCCAAAUUCAGGCAAGUCUCCAAAUAUCACCAAGUCACCAAGCUUGAACAGUGCCAGCAAAUCCCCCAACAUCCCUGCAGCAAACAGAUCACCUAACACCAGCUCUUCCAGCUCAGGCAGAUCACCCAACAUCAACUCCAGUCGGUCGCCCAGUACCAGCAUUAGUGCCGUCAAACCAACACCAGGUCUGUCUCAUUCUGGCAAAUCUCCUCUGUCUGUCUCACACAAACAUCUUUCCAGCUUGACCAAACAUUCAGGGCUGUAUAAGUCCACUGAUGCUUUCAAGUCACACACAGCAGUGGCAUCACGAAGAUCCCUCGGCAGUUCUGGCAGCAGUAAAUCGUUCCCAUCCAAAACCACAGUUUCAUCAUCAUCAUCAACAUCAUCAUCAUCUUCAUCAUCUUCCAGUAGUCAGCAAGGAAUUGGGAAAUCUGUUUCUGUCACUAGUUCAAAUGCCAGUUCUGCGAGUAUCAAUAAGAUUAGCAGUGCCACAGCCUCGUCAAAUGUGUCAGUUGCAGGCUCUGCACACAGCACUCAGAAAUCUUUGCUAGGUGAGCAUCCUACAACUGUAGCACCAUCCCUUACGACAUCUGCAUCAUCAUCACCACCACCACCAUUGCCACUUUCACCUGUAAAAUCAAACAAUCCUGAUCACCCUGAGCUUAACCAAGACAACAAAGGCAGCAAAUCUGUAGUGACAGGUACAGACAGUCUCAGGGCAGGUUUGCCAGAGAAGUCCCCUGUCCCAGUCUCAGUUACAUCUACCACAGUGCGUUCUACAGACUCUGCUAAGAGCGUGUUCAGUUUUCCAUCGUGCAAAAGUAGGAAAAAUUCCUUAUCUGCCAUUGUUGACAAGUUAAAGCACAAUGCUGUGGGAACUGGACUUGAUCUGCCUGAAGUGUUGGCCACUGUGUCUGACAGUCCUAGCAGUAAAAAACCUGUCCGUGUAGAUGCUGUGCCAGAUUUCAAACCACCAGUUGCCUCUGCCAGUGUGGAGACGGGUGAAGAGAAACAGCAAUCUGCAGCAACAGUACACAUGGCAAGUGCUGACAGAGUCAGUCAAAAACAUAACCAUAUGCUGGAGAAUGACAGUGUAAAUGUAGCAAGUACCAAUAGCAGUGAUGCUGUAGGUAUCUCUCCUAAAUGUGUCCUGUCAGACGCCAGUGAUAAAUUAUUAAGUGUUGUGAAUUGUGAUCGAACUAGACUUCUAGACGACAGAGCUUCUAAUCUUCCAUGUUUAUCGGACACUGAGAAUGGCUUAGUGCGAACACGGCUCAAGGACUCCCCAGCCUCAGAUAGAGAUAAACCUUCGCUGGAUAUUCAAGACAGUAUCAGAGUUACAGAGAAACCUGCACCACUGAAGAUUCCUUUGCCAUUGCGGUCACUGUCAUCAUCUCCAGUGCAAUCACCUGCCAUUAAUCCCUGCAGCAUGUCAGCAUCUCCACAGCCAUCACCAUUCCAGACAUUGCAGUCAGCUGCCUUGAUCAAAACCUCUUCGCCGUUGAUUAAUGUAUCCAGCAUCAGUUACAGUGAACAGAUGUUUAAAAUGCCGUCGGUCAAACCUGCACUUGAUAAUCAUAAUGAGGUUGAACCUUCUGAAUUGUUGGCGAUCUGCUACGAAGCACAGACUAAAAAAUCAGAAGAUAUUAGUUUUAAUACUCCUAGUGAUAACUGUGAGGUAAUUUCAUAUACUGAAAAGAGAACAGAUAAACUAGAAAAGGAAAUACCAGCAACAUUAAUGUCCAGUCCUUUAAGUGACAUCAGCAGUCCAGAAAAUGGCCUUAUUAUUGACGAUGUCGAUUCCCACCAUCUUGCCACAAAAUCCUCAAGAGAUAAAUUUCCUGGAAGUAACAGUGUGCCCAAAACAUCCUCUCCAAAAUCAUCGGUAGAUGAAAAUAACAUUGUAAAUGUGUCUGUCAGUUCUCCAAACAGCACAAAUUCAGUCCAGCUUGCAAACUCUCCAAAAUCAAGUUGGGCACCUUUUAUCACAUCUCCAACCUUGUCAAAGGGCUCUUCAGGUGCCUCAGCUUCGAAAGAAUCAGAUUCACCCUGUCCAAUCGAUGAUGACCUGAUGGAUGUUGCUCUGGGGAUUGGUAGCUGA